UGGCGUUGCUGAACGCAGUGCUCUAUCCAUACGUGUGCGUGACAUAACCUAAGAUCGAAACCCGGUGUGCGCUCACGUGUUCGAUACGUAUAAUCGGUAUAAUCUCAAAUUUCAUUAAUCUUUCUUUUUCGCGAGGAAAGUUUGCAUCUGAAUGAAUUGAGAGAGGUAGCGCAGCAGAAAGUAAAAAGGCGCCGGCAUGUCGUCCGCGAUGGACGAUACAAGCGCAGUGAAACACAAGGGCCACAGGGACCGCAAUGCGGGCCGUAAGGCGGAGAAGAAGAAGGCCAAGAACGCGCACGUUCAGGAGCUGUCGGACAAGCAGAAGAAUCCGAAGGCAUUCACCUUCCAUUCCGCGAUCAAGGCGGAGCGGAGGUUCAGGCGGAAGCAGGACAUCGAGACCAAGAAGCAGCACGUGCCGCUGGUGGACAGGACGCCUCUGGAGCCACCGCCGGUCCUGGUGGCAGUGGUGGGCCCGCCGAAAGUGGGCAAGUCUUUAGUCAUUCGAUGUUUGAUCAAGAGCUACGUCAGGCAACCGUUGGCCAACGUGCUCGGCCCAGUCACCGUCGUGUCGGGCAAGAAACGGAGGAUCACCUUCAUGGAAUGCAACAACGACGUCAACAGCAUGAUCGACAUCGCCAAGGUGGCGGAUCUGGUGCUGCUGCUGGUGGACGCCUCCUUCGGAUUCGAGAUGGAGGUGUUCGAGUUCCUCAAUAUAUGCCAGGUGCACGGUAUGCCCAGGAUCAUGGGGGUCCUCACUCACCUGGACCUGAUAAAGAACGCCCGGCAGAUGCGCAAGGUGAAGAAGAUGUUGAAGCAUCGCUUCUGGACGGAGGUGUACGCCGGCGCCAAGUUGUUCUACCUCUCCGGAUUGCUGCACGAGGAGUACCUCCGCACGGAGAUAAAGAAUCUGGCCCGUUUCAUAUCGGUGAUGAAAUUCAGGCCGUUAACUUGGCGCACGACGCAUUCCUACUUACUCGCCGAUAGACUGGAGGAUUUGACGCCGCCGGAUUUGGUCAGGAGGAAUCCAAAAGUCGACAGAACCAUCAGCUUGUACGGCUACGUCAGAGGAAUACCUCUGAACAAGGAGACGUCCGUUCAUAUACCCGGCUGCGGAGAUAUGAAGCUCAAGGAUGUCAACUUUCUGCCGGAUCCUUGUCCGCUUCCGGAGCAGAUUAAGAAGCGAGCCCUGGUGGAGAAGGAACGGCUGAUUUAUGCGCCGUUCUCCGGCGUCGGUGGCAUAGUUUAUGACAAAGACGCCGUUUACGUGGAGUUGGGCGGCAGUCAUUCCUACAAAGAAGAGGAUACGGGCUUGGCAGGUGCUUUAAUGGAUACGCAGGAGACGCUGGACCAGAAACUGCGGCACAGCGAGCUGAAAUUGUUCAGCGACGCCGCGCCGAUCAAGUCGGAGGACGUGAACGAAAGUAUGGCUCCUUACACGGGCGAGUUGGUGACAGAGAAUGGGAGAGUUCGACGAAAAGUUGUAUUUAAAGACGAAGCGGGCUCAGAAAAUACUUUGGACAAGGAUGAUAGUUUGAUGAAACAUGAAGAAGAAGAUGACGAAGAUGACAGUGAUGACGGUAAUGACUACAAAAUGGAUGAAAAUGACGAUGAAAGUGAAUCGAGCGACGAGGAGCCCUCGGAAAAAUCUGAUGGAAAGGGCGUUAAGAGGAAAAGCACCGAGGAUGGCAAAGUACAAAGGAAAAGGAAGAGGGAUUCGAUUAAUUCGGCUAUCGAAAAUGAUGACGUAGAUCUCGAUGAAUCAAAAUUUACGAAUGACAGGAAGGAUAUUCCUCAAGAAAAUGCAGGAGUGUAUCAUUCCUUGAGUAAAGAAUCAGACAAAAUGAUAAAAAAUAGAAUUUCGGAAGCACUGAAUUUUCUAGAGGCGACAAAGAGAAACGUGAAGCGGGACGUCGACGACGAAAGCUUCGACGAGCUCAGCGACGAAGACUCGCGUGUGGGAUUAGAGAUGGACGAUGUGGAUCGGAUCAGCGAUUUCGAAGACAAUGCGUCCGCGCAAGAAGACGAAGAAGAAGAAGAGCAAGAAGGAGAUAAAGAAAACGACAAGAUGGAUGAGAGCGAGGAGGAAGUCGCGGAUGAAUUCAAGUGGAAGAGGAAUUUAACUGAGAAAGCGAGGGAAGCCUUUGUGAAUCGCCAGCAAAGCAGCAAGAAUUGGUUGAAGACAGUUUACGGAGUAUUCGGCAAGAGUGACAUGAUGGAAGAGAAAGACAAGGAAGACGAGAAGCCCGGCGAUGAUAUCGGUGGAAUAUUCCGCGUGGUACAAGAGCAGCAGAAGCAGAAGAUACACGAGCGGGAACUGCAGGAUCAGGAGGAGUCUGUCUUCUUCACGGCGGAGAGCGCGCGCGAUUGGCUGGAUGAGGACAACAAGGCGUUGCUGCUCAACCGUUUCGUGACGGGCAAGUGGAAGGAAUCGGAGGAUGCCGAGGAGCUUUUGAAGUUGGACGACGAGGAUCUAUACGGCGACUUCGAGGACCUGGAGACCGGAGAGAAGCAUAAAGCAGAGGACGCGGCUCCCACGGAGUUGUCGACAGACGAGGUGGAGGAGAAGAAGAAGCUCUUGGAGAAGAAAAAGAGGUUGAAAGAGCAAUUCAACGCGGAGUAUGACAACACGGAGACAAAAACGUACUACGACGAACUGAAGGCCGAAGUGGAGAGACAGGCGGGUAUUAACAAGUCGGAGUUCGAAGGGCUGAACGACGAUGUCAGGGUCCAAUUGGAGGGCUUCCGUCCUGGCAUGUACGUGCGCGUGGAAAUCGAGACGGUGCCGUGCGAGCUGAUAACGCAUUUCGACCCGACGUAUCCGAUAAUCAUCGGCGGUCUGUUGCACGGUGAGGAGAACAUCGGCUACGUGCAGACACGGGUCAAGAAACACCGAUGGUACCCGAGAAUCCUGAAGAGUCGCGACCCGCUUAUAUUCUCCAUAGGCUGGCGUAGAUUUCAAUCGCUGCCGAUUUACUCCAAACUGGAGGACAAUUUGCGUCACCGGAUGCUCAAGUACACGCCGGAGCACGUGGCGUGCGUGGGCCACUUUUGGGGCCCGAUCACUCCGCAGGGAACCGGAGUUCUGGCGGUGCAGGACGUUGCGAGUAGAGAGCCGGGUUUCCGCAUCGCGGCCACUGGUGCGAUCGUGGAGCUGGACAAGAGCACGCAGGUGGUGAAGAAGCUCAAGCUCACCGGCGUGCCGAUGAAGAUCUACCGCAAGACCGCCUUCAUCAAGGACAUGUUCAACAGCGCGCUCGAGGUCGCCAAGUUUGAAGGUGCACGAAUCAAGACGGUCUCGGGUAUUCGCGGUCAGAUCAAGAAGGCUGUUUCCAAGCCGGAAGGUUGCUUCCGCGCCACGUUUGAAGAUAAAAUAAUGCUGAGCGACAUAGUGUUUUGUAGGACGUGGUACAAGGUCGACGUGCCGCGUUUCUACAACCCGGUGACAUCGCUGCUGUUGCCACCCACGGAGAAGGCUCGAUGGCGCGGCAUGAAGACGACAGGCCAGUUAAAACGAGAAAGGAACCUUCACGCUGAACCUAACAAAGACUCGAUGUACACGCCGGUUGUACGAGACGUCAAGGUAUUCAAGCCGCUGUUCAUCCCACGCAAGUUACAGAAGAAUCUCCCGUACAGAGACAAGCCUAAACUCGAGUCCAUACCGCACUUGCGCAAGCCCAAGUUCAAGCAAGGCAGAGUCGCCGUGGUGCGCGAGCCACAAGAAGAGAAAAUCGCGCGUAUAAUGAAGAUGAUCAGAACGAAUUACGCGCAAAAGCAGAAACAGACGAAGGAGGCAAUGACGAAGAGGAUAACGGCGUAUCAGGCGAGAGUCGCCGAAGAGGAGGCCAAGAAGAUGACGAAGCAAAAGCAGGUGAAGAAGGAAGUCUUUAGGGACCUCAGUAAACUGGAAAAGAAAAAGAAUCGGUGAUGCUUCAGCUAGAUGGA